AUGUACGAUAAGUGAUAACAUAUCUCUCUCUAGCUAUAUCGCUCUCGCUUCAGAUUUUCACACCAAUCAUGGCAGCUUCUGCAACAUCAAAGCUCCUCGUAUCCGACAUCGCCUCAGUUGUUGAUCACGUCCCUUCAAACUACGUCCGACCAGUCUCUGAACGUCCAAACAUGUCUGAGAUCAAGAACCAUGGAGUGCCAGAAGAAACAAUCAAGCAAAUGAUGAAUGUAGGAAGAGAGUUUUUCCAUCAAUCAGAGAGCGAAAGGGUGAAGCAUUACUCUGCGGAUACCAAAAAGACAACAAGACUCUCCACAAGUUUCAACGUUUCCAAAGAGAAAGUCUCUAACUGGAGAGACUUCCUUCGACUCCAUUGUUAUCCUAUCGAAGAUUUCAUUAACGAAUGGCCCUCAACUCCAGUUUCUUUUAGAGAAGUCACAGCUGAAUACGCUACAAGCGUUAGAGCCUUGGUUCUGAUACUUCUUGAGGCAAUCUCAGAGAGCUUAGGCCUUGUGAAAGACCGUGUAAGCAAUACUUUAGGAAAACACGGUCAACACAUGGCUAUAAACUAUUAUCCGCCGUGUCCGCAACCCGAGCUAACUUACGGACUUCCAGGACAUAAAGAUGCAAACUUGAUCACUGUUCUUCUUCAAGAUGAAGUCUCUGGUUUACAAGUUUUUAAAGAUGGUAAAUGGAUUGCUGUUAAUCCUGUUCCCAACACUUUUAUAGUCAACCUUGGUGACCAGAUGCAGGUGAUAAGCAAUGACAAAUACAAGAGUGUGCUGCACAGAGCUGUUGUGAACAUCGACAAAGAGAGAAUAUCAAUACCGACAUUCUAUUGUCCUUCUGAAGAUGCUAUGAUUGGUCCAGCACAAGAGCUGAUCAAUGAGGAAGAAGACUCUCAUGCUAUUUACAGAAACUUUACAUAUGCUGAGUAUUUUGAAAAGUUUUGGGACACAGCAUUUGCAACUGAGAGCUGUAUUGACUCGUUCAAAGCUUCCACCGCCUAAGAUAGUGUACUUUAGAAUCAAUCAUGGUUAUGACUAUGUCGGUCCUUAGUUCUUGAUUGGAACUCAAAAACCCAUUUUGUGUUGCCAUUUCAAGAUCAGUAGUUUUCAAAAAUAAUAGAUCUGCUUGGAAAAAUAAAAUAAACCGUUCUUG